GCUCACUGCACGCUGCAGGCAACCAGCUGCAAACAGAGAACAGCGGAGUACUGCAGUGAACGGAGCCGGUGGAGCCGAGGAGUGUCCAAGCCGCUCGUUAUUCUUCACUCAAGAACCUGCUCCAUGGAUCCACUCCACAGUGGGAGCUGAAUGUGAAAGACAGGAUUUGUGUCUUCCAGGGGAAUCUGUGAAAUCAUUUGGACGAUACUGACAUGUUGGGGACUCAUCUUCACAUGUGUCUGUGAAACAUCGCUGGAAAUGGAGUGAGAGGUGACAAUAAAGAGACCUACGGCAACUCGGAGGAGAUCUAUUGUGGAUCUAUUAUCUUGGCGACAUGCUUUCAUUUUGAGGGAUGGAACAAGGGGAGUCUGUCUUUGACCAGGGGCUUACCAGGCGGUGGAGAGAAACCAUAUGAUGUCUUUUUUAAAUGAGGACAAGUCAGCGUUUAAAAGCACAUUCUGAGAUACUGCAAGAAAAGCAUACACUACAAUGGCUGGUGAGUUUGAAGGCUGACACAAAGAACAGCUUCAUCCAUGGCCCACAGUUGGGGCUCCACCACAUGUGCAGCUCAGGGUAUACAGAGUGUACCCGCCUUGUGGAUUUCUUACUUUUACCUCCACCACUGACACUAAAAAUGGACUCAAUCGCUUCUGAAGUCAAGAAGUUUUAAAAACAAUUCUUGCAUGUCUUCAGGGCUGUCUAGUGGAGGUAUGGGUGAUGCUAAAGUCAUCAGUCUGAGCCACUGUGGAGAGAUGUCGAACAUUGAGAUGCAAGCACCUGUUGGAAGAGGAUAUAUGAAAAACUGGAUUUUAAAAACUACAACAUGUUACCACAGACAACAGGUUCUUGUGUGUCUCUCUUUCCCCCUCAUCCCUAUCUUCCUGCUCCUCUUCUCCCUGGUUACACCCACUCUGUCCAUUCAUAUGGAGUCCAUAGAGAGCCACAGCGAGUUCAGCUGUGAGCCCAUCAGACUGAGAAUGUGCCAGGAUCUGCCUUACAACACCACCUUUAUGCCCAAUCUACUGAAUCACUAUGACCAGCAAACGGCUGCACUAGCCAUGGAGCCUUUUCAUCCCAUGGUGAACUUAGUGUGCAGUGCCGACCUGAGGAUGUUCCUGUGCGCCCUGUACGCUCCGGUGUGCGCUGCAUACGGUCAGGUGUCUAUGCCGUGUCGAUCCCUCUGCCAGCGGGCCAAGGAUGAGUGCAACAAACUCAUGGAGGUAUUUGGAGUAGCCUGGCCAGAUGACAUGGAGUGUAGCAGGUUCCCAGAUUGUGACGAGCCCUAUCCUCGUCCGGAGGACCUGCUAACAGGCUCUGACCCCACUGACCAGUCAUCCAUGACUGUCCAGAGAGACUACGGUUUCUGGUGCCCCAGAGAGCUCAAGGUCGACCCAGACCUGGGUUACACAUUCAUGGGCAAGAAGGACUGUUCUGCCCCGUGCCCCUCGAUGUUCUUCGACCAGCAGGAGCUGACCUUCAUCCGCUACUUCAUUGGAGUUGUUUCCACUCUCUGUCUGUCAGCAACGCUCUUCACCUUCCUGACGUUUCUCAUCGAUGUGACCAGAUUUCGAUACCCUGAGCGGCCAAUAAUCUUCUACGCUGUGUGUUAUGUCAUGGUGUCACUGGUUUUCUUUCUGGGGUUCUUGUUGGAAGACAGGGUAGCGUGCAACGCAUACAGCCCAUCCCUGUUCAGAGCUGCAACUAUAACACAAGGCUCACAUAACAAGGUGUGCACCCUGUUCUUCAUGGUCCUGUAUUUCUUCACCAUGGCCGGCAGCAUGUGGUGGGUCAUACUGACAAUCACUUGGUUCCUGGCCGCUGUGCCUAAAUGGGGCAGUGAGGCCAUCGAGAAGAAAGCCCUCCUCUUCCAUGCUGUUGCCUGGGGGUUUCCAGGGGCCCUGACUGUCACCCUGUUGGCCCUGAACAAAAUUGAAGGAGAUGGGAUCAGUGGAGUGUGUUUCAUAGGGCUGUAUGACAUAGAUGCCCUGAGGUGGUUUGUUCUGGCACCACUCUGCCUCAACGUGGCGGUGGGUGUCUCUCUCCUAUUAGUGGGCAUUGUUGCUCUGAACCGGGUGCGCAUGGAGAUCCCUCUGGAGAAGGAGAACCAGACAAAACUAGUCAAGUUCAUGAUCCGUAUGGGAGUGUUCUCGGUGCUCUACCUGGUCCCCUUGUUGACUGUGAUUGGAUGCUACUUCUACGAACACACCUACAGAAAGAUUUGGGAGACAACGUGGAUGGAGAAGAACUGCAAGCACUAUCACAUCCCCUGCCCGUACAAGGUGGAGCAGACCGGCCGCCCAGCCAUGGUUAUGUUCCUACUUAAAUAUCUGAUGAUGUUGGUGGUGGGGAUUCCCUCAGUUUUCUGGGUGGGCAGUAAGAAGACCUGUUUUGAAUGGGCAAGCUUCCUGCAUGGACGCAGACGCAAAGACAGUGGGGUCAAUGAGUCUCGUCAGGUGCUGCAGGAGCAGCCAGACUUUGCCCAGUCUCUGCUGCGUGAACCCAACACCCCCAUUGUCAGGAAGUCCAGAGGAACAUCCACUCAGGGCACAUCUACCCACGCCUCUUCCACCCACUUGGCUGUCCUAGAUGACCUUGAUGAGCCAGUCAGAACUCACCAUGGCCAUCCCACCUCCACCAGGAGUAAGGCCAGUAGUGUCCACAGCAAGGCCAGCUACCACGGCAGCCUGCGCCGCACUCGUGACGACAGGAGUGAUACUAUGGUUCACCGAGGUACAGAGGAGUGCAGUUUCCAUGGCAGCAUGCCACGUCUCGACCACCCGCUCUCCGCUCACGGCAGCCUCCAUCAGAUAGACAGCAACUCAAGGCAUGGCAGCCAGCGAGACGAAUCUGAGGCCCCACCUACACUCAUCACCUACGGAACAACAGGAAGUGACAGCCAAGCUGCAGAGAAUGACGGCACCAGCGCCUGAGAAGAGGCGAUUAUUAUAAAGAUGCUGUCGAUGCCUUUUAAAGGAAGAUUUGCCCUGUGCUGAUACACACCCGUCUGUUUAGUGUGUAGGAGUUUCCCUUGAAGGUGGAGAAUGUACCAGUGAGUGCUGUGGUGCUGAUUAUUGCCGUCAGUUCCUUGCUGAUCAUUUGUUAGCAGUGUGGCUAACACAGAUCAGUCACUGAACUUGACUGAUCUUGCAUAGAUUCAGUUUAGUGUCACUGUUAGCUGGACAAGUUUGUUUACGUAACAGUUUGAAUUUACACAGCAGAUGUCCCUUGAAUACUUGUCAGGCUGAGCCAACAACACCUCCAUCAGUGAUGCUGACAUUAUUCAGGGAUCAUUUUGGUUGUACCCAGGUAAACCAGAGCUGGCACUGAAUAGGAAACACUAAAAAAAGUGGGAUGUCAUCAGACUUACAAGAACACUUAGCAUUAUUUCCAAAACAUGAUCUGUCACCAUCUUGCAGGACCUACAUGAAUAUUAUUAAAUAUGUGAACACUGCCGAGUAUUGCUUUUGUAACACUCCUAACUGGUUUGCCUACUCUCACAUAAAAGUUGACUUACUGAAGUCAGUCUGUACUAAGACUUGAUUAUUCCCGACCUGUUUGCUCUGGACUGCAGCUCUUAAUGAACGAUGUUUAUCUUUGUGUGGCUUCAGCUACUGAUACAUAUGGGCUUAAUGUAAAAUCGUGGACCUCUCUGUGGUUUAGUGAAAUAUUUUUAUACUGUGAAAAUUGUCCAUCUGCUGCUGAAAGCUUCAUUACAUGAGUGUGUAUGAGAGAGCAUGAGUGAAUGAGAGAUAGACACCAACUGUCAUAUUUUUUUUCAAAUUUCAAUUCUCGCCUCCAGUGGUGACCGGAGAGAGACUAAUGGAGGGAGCUGACAGAUCUUUGUAACCCAGAAUGUAGAAGGGUUGUUUCAGAGUCAGAAAGACGGUGAUAUAAUACAGACAUGGUCGGGUGAAGUGAGCUGGAAUAAUGUGUGUGCACUUAGACACACACUCACAUUUAUUCCAGCUCAUGCUGCUUUUUGGCCUCCCCAAGUCAUCUUAGCACUGACAUGUCUGCAUUAGCUUGAUAGAGUUAGAAGAGUAGUUGUCCAAAAAAUAAAAGAAGCAGCGUACUGAUCAAAGGUGGCUGAUAUCCAGAGUAUUGUAACCCAAAUUUAGAAAGUCCCCUGGCUGCGAUGACUGGAGUGCAGCUUAAAAAUGAAAUCAACUAUUCUGAAAUCUAUCACAUACACGAGGCUGAAAGGUUGUUUUUGAGAGCUGAGUGCUUUUUUUCUAAUGUAAUUUUCACCACUGUACUUGAUAAUGUACUUUAACUGCUAUUGUACAUGCUCUUUGCUGGUGUUUGUUUGUUUGUUUUGUUGUUCAGACAUAGAACUGAGACUUACCCAAAGAGGUGCAGAUAACUGGCAGUGAUACUGUAGGAAAAAAAAAAGUUUGCUAAUAGCGCAUUGCUACAUUUUCUCUGACAUUAUUUUACGUUUAAGUAAAUGUUACAGGAGGUGUAUAGUGUAAAUGUUUUUCUAUAAUUUGUGUUUUGUUCCCUUGAGACCCAAUUAACCUACCUCACCUGUACCCUCAGCCUUCUCUGUACCUGUGGGCGCACACACACACAUUUACAUUAUUAGGUGCUUUAUGUAAAGCAAAAAAAAAACCUCAUGAACUCAACAUGAAUAUUUCUGAACUUAUGUAAAAUAUAAAAAUCAAACACACUUAAUUGACUCACUCAUGGUUUCUGCCUUCAACACACACACACUCAUCAGUAGGCUAUCUGUCGCUGUCUGUCCGUCCUUCCCACAGCUGGCUUUGUGUUUUUCCAGUCUACCUCUUCAGUUCAACUCUCUGGCCUUUUACUGCUGCCUCUCUCCUCCUGUCUGUCUCCACCUGUCAUGACCAACCACCUACUGUCAGCGUACCUGCCUGCCUCUCUGUUGUACAUAUUGUCUGUUCUAUUUGAUGACUAAUCUGCCUCACAUCUGCCUUCUGCCUCUCCUCCUGUAAAUGGGCCCACGCUUAUCUUUUUCUGGACCUACAGCAACUGUCUGUAUUCUUUCGAUUCACGACUGCUUAUUAACAUUAACCGUUGUGCUUUUACCUCUGAAUUGGACAAAACGAGAGAUGCUGUGUCAGACACCGUCAUUGAACUCAAGAGGAAAUCUUAUUAAAUAUCUCAUUCUUGUUAGUUCACGGCAGUCUGUGAUCAUUAAUAUUAACACCCCCCCCCCAUUGAGACAUGAGGAAGAAGAGCUCUCCUUGCUCCCCAGUUUCUGAUGUCAUGCUGUGAUACAGCUUCAGAGUGAACCGCAGUCGCUUGAAAAUAUGACACGUUAUCAACGAUGGUUAAAAAAUAUAAUAUUGUGAAUUUUGAAACUUGAGUUGUAUUUGCCUUUUAAUUUAUUUGCAGUUUGGGACUGUAAUGACUUCUUUUACAUGCAGUCUAAUAAACUUUUUAUAGACUAA